ACCCUUGUGGCACACGCCGGGGUUUCUCUCACUCGCUCCCUCCCUCCCUCCCUCGGCUAUCACUGAGCUUGCAUUGCUCAGGGAGAAGGCGAAGAGCGAGGAACGAGGUCGGAGAUCGAUAGAUCGCGCUCCGUUGUCUCUUCUCCGCAUCUGGUGACGGAGAGUGGGAAUUUUCUACCUGAACAACGAGUUCGUGCCCUCUCUCUGUCUCCGAUCUCGCUUCUGUCCUGCUCCGACCCCUUUGCUGCAUUUUGGGAUUUUUAGCCCUGUUGCACGAAAACCCCUUUUUUCGAGGUCCAGAUGGAUAGGGUUUCCACGGCGUCGAUGUUCCCGGGCGUGAUCCAGGCGCGGGAUCAGACGUGGACGGCGUGGCAGCAGGUGAAGGCGCCGGUGAUCGUGCCGCUGCUGCAGCUGGCGGUGUACAUCUGCCUGAGCCUGUCGGUGAUGCUCUUCGUCGAGAAGGUCUACAUGGCCGUCGUGAUCAGCGCCGUCCGACUCCUCGGCCGUAAGCCGGAAAAGCGAUACAAGUGGGAGAUGAUGAGCGACGACGCCGAGCUCGGCACUUCCGCCUAUCCCAUGGUGCUCAUCCAAAUCCCAAUGUAUAACGAGAAAGAGGUCUACCAGCUCUCGAUCGGAGCGGCCUGCGGACUCUCGUGGCCUUCGGAUCGCAUCCUCAUCCAAGUGCUCGACGAUUCCACGGAUGAGUCCAUUAAGGAGCUGGUGCAGAUCGAGUGCCGGAAGUGGGCGAACAAAGGGGUGAACAUAAAGUACGCGAUCCGAGACGACAGGGUGGGUUACAAGGCGGGCGCGCUCCGGCACGGGCUCACGCAUAACUACGUCAAGGAGUGUGAGUACGUCGCCAUCUUCGACGCCGACUUCCAGCCGGAGCCCGACUUCCUCCUCCGCACCAUCCCUUUCCUCAUCCACAACCCCAAGGUCGCCCUCGUCCAGGGCCGCUGGACCUUCGUGAAUGCGAAUGAAAAUAUGAUGACAAGGAUGCAGGAGAUGUCUUUGGAUUACCACUUCUUUGUUGAACAGCAAGUGGGAUCCUCCACCUAUGGCUUCUUUGGCUUCAAUGGAACUGCGGGGGUAUGGCGGAUUUCAGCUAUCAAUGAGGCAGGAGGUUGGAAGGACCGAACGACUGUAGAGGACAUGGAUUUAUCUAUUCGAGCAAGCCUCAAGGGAUGGAAAUAUAUAUUCCUUAAAGACCUCGAGGUCAAAAGUGAACUACCAAGUACCUUCAAGGCCUUCCGCCAUCAGCAACACAGAUGGUCCUGUGGCCCAGCAAACUUGUUCAGGAAAAUGUUGUUGGAGAUCUGCAAGAAUAAGAAAGUGACUCUCUGGACAAAGAUCUACGUUAUAUACAGCUUUUUCUUCAUCCGGAAGAUUGUAGGUCAUAUUGUGACCUUCAUAUUUUACUGCAUUGUUAUCCCCAUGACUGUCUUUGUUCCCGAAGUACAAAUACCAAAGUGGGGCUUAGUGUACAUUCCUUCAGUCAUUACACUGCUGAAUUCGGUUGGAACACCAAGGUCUUUUCACUUGCUGAUGUUCUGGGUCCUUUUUGAGAACGUCAUGUCUCUGCAUAGAACAAAAGCAACCUUAAGUGGCCUCUUGGAAGCAGGAGGAAGAGUCAACGAAUGGGUGGUUACUGAGAAGCUAGGGGAUAUAAUGAAAAAAUCUAAAGCAUCUAAGAAGCCACGGCUUAGAAUUGGUGACAGAUUACAUCUAAUGGAGCUAUGUACUGGAAUCUACCUCUUCUUCUGUGGGUGCUAUGACCUGGCCAAUGGGAAAAAUCAUUACUACAUCUACCUCUAUCUUCAAGCAAUCGCUUUCAUAAUCGUCGGAUUUGGCUACGUUGGCACUUUCGUUCCACAAUACUGAUGGCCACAAAACUCGAUAUACUACCGACUGCUUUCAUAUACAUUAUGUUAGUAUCACUGGGUUUGCAUCAGCUCAAGCAACUGUCUGGAACUAUUCAUUUAAGAAACGAACCAUUAUUUCAUCAUCCAUGAAGGCAUACAUCUAUCUAAUAGGAGCCUUGUGUGAAUAGUGAGACAGUAUAAAAAUAAUGGCCUACCAAAUGGUAAUAGAUAGAAGAAUGCAUAGAAGCUAUGGCCAACUUCAGUAGAGAGAAGAUUUAGCUUAGUGAGGUGUGGAAGUAAGCAAUUUUAGAUUAUUUAUGAUUAUUGAAUUUCCCUUAUAUUCCUUUGCAAAUGUUGAAUCCAGAACAAUCCAAUAAAAAAAAAAGUCAACUAGCAUUGAAGUGUUUUGUUA